UGCGCGUUGAACGUUUGUGGAUUUUCCAAUUUUAUUUGUUGUAUUAAUAUUUAUAUUGAUGCUGUAAAAAUGAAGUGGGUUAUUCUCUUCAUCAUGUCGUUGUGUCUCCUGGUGCACUCGAGGCCCUUGAAAUUGAUUGGAUCCACGAUUCAAGAUGAUAAAAAUUCCAGAGGCACCGAAAGCAGGGAAAUUGAAAACGUUAUUCCAUCGCUCUCAACUGACGACUUGUCCAACGAUGCGAGGGAAAUAGUGAAUGAAAAAUCAACCACCGACACUCAACCAACCGUGAGUCAAUCUCCUCCAUCUUCUUCUCCAUCGACCAAUCCAUUUGUCUCUCUGCUGGAACCUCUGGUUAAACGCAUUCAAUUUUCACCCCAACAAUUCUGGACAGAUCGUCUGAUUCAGUUGAAAGAGACCCUUGGGAAUUUGGGAAUAGCAGUACCUAAUAAUUUUCGAUUCAAUAUAACCAACGGUAGACAACUCGGAUCAAAUGGAUUAUUCCACGUCGCAGGGUUCAACGAUGGAUUUUAUACAGACAGACUAGAACCCGCUGGUUUUUUCAGUGGUAAUGGAUGGUUUGCCAACAAGGGCGGAUUACUUGGUGGUCCAGGUGCUAUUUUUUCCACUGGACCUAUUCUCACGGAUUAUCCCACCCCCUACAAAAAAAAAUAAUGCUUUAUCUAUGUUAACAAGAUUAUCAAGUGAUUUUUUCUUUAUCAGCCAAAUCACUUGAAAAUUGUCUCAAUUUAUUGCUGAACUUAGUUUCGUUGCGAAAUUCCAGGGAAAUUUUACCAUUUUCCCUUGUGUUUAUUGUUUGUUUAACCUUCAAAUAUUAAUUCAAUAACAAAUUGUUACAGAUCUGUCAGUCAUAAAUGCAGAGUAACGCAGUUUCCAAUUGACGUGGGUUGUUGAUAAUAAUGGAGAGGGGAUUAUCAAUAAUAAUAUAAUAAACAGAGAAAAUUUCCAUUCCAUCAAUAUACUGAUUCAUCAGUUAUUAUUGAAUAAUACUGAUUCCGCCGAAUAACAAUUGCAGCAAUUCAGAUCUCCACCCCCACGUAACAUUCCCCCAUGACGUUGCAUUAUUCCGUGAUAUAUAAAUCCAGAUAUAUCCUCAUUAUUCAUAAAUAACUGGGGCCUCCAUAAAUCACCUUUAGUUAUGAGUGAUUUAUGGCGUCCUAACAAAUCGAAUAAACUCCCGCAACAUCUGUCUCUGAAUUAUUAAGAGAACCGUAAAUAGACAACUGUACUUUUUCAUUACGUGUUUAUAAAUAAAUAUAUAUUUCUAGUGUA